AUGAACAAGAUCAUCCCACUUGUCCAGAGCUCCAAGACCCAAAAGGCUGAGAAGGUCGCCGUCGAGAUGCCAGCUGCUCAAAGCAUCCAGGAGCAGUACGCCUCAGCUCACACGUCUACUGGAAAAGAGAUCGCCAUCUUUGUUGGAAUUCUUGUCAUCGCCAUUCUCUGCUUCUUCGGAGCCAUGAAACUUUGCUGA